UCUCAAAUUGGGUUCACAAACUGGAUACAGAAAAGCCGGUAUUUCCGAGGAGCACUUGAACGCAGCGUCCACUGCAUAGUUGCAGGGGAUUGUUGCAGACGCUUCGACGUGCUAGAACAAACAAAUGUGUAUGGAAGGGGAAGCUGAAUCUCUCUAGACUAGAGAAAGUGACUGACCAUGGCCAGUCGGGGGCGAGACGGUCGCAGCCGGUCAGGACCGACCGCCGGCGGCCUGAACACGGAUCGAAUGACCCGCCAACAAGAACCGGGCGGAGAGACCGGAGCCGCCGUGGAGUCUCUGCGGGAGCUGCCGCGAUGGUUGCGGCUUUACUUCUACGGGAUGCACGGCGUGACAAUAGACGUCCUGCUCUCAUCGGUUCAGGGUUUUUUAAAUCAUCGAGACCCCAAGCUGGUGGGCUUUUCCUCUCCGUAUCUUUGCAUAAUGCAUUCGCUGACCCACUUCUUGCUGGAGAAGAUUUACUCCCAAAAGAGGUGUUUCCGAGGUCGGCCUGUGGUGUUUCAUCUUGUUUUCUACCCGUCGGUCUACAUCGGGCUGCAGAUCCUGAUCGGAAACAUUAACACGUUGACCGAGCAGGUGAGGGUCGUAUCUGGCACGCAGCUGGUCGUGCACUACUUUGUGGCUCUUUAUUUCUGCCAGGUGUUUCACAAAGGACUGGCCAGGCUGCAGUAUCAAACCUCCAGCCCCCCCGACCACGCAAGCGAACUCGGUCCGGUGGACAGAGGUCAUGAUCGGGUGCCUCUUCACGGUCUCCCCGACCUGGUGCGUUUCCUGUUCUUUGGGAUGCACGGCUUUCUGGACGAGGUUAUUUUCACGGCUAUUUUCAACCUGGUGGAGAAGUCUGACCGGACCCUCAGCGGCCACACGUCCCUGUGGUCGUUCCUGAUGUACGGGAGCUGCAGCUUCGUGGUGGAAAAGCUGUACAUGUACCUGCACUUCAAGAGAGGCUGGGGGAUUUUGCCGCGGCUCCCCAUCUACGUCUGCUUCAUCUACACCUGGGAGUUCUGCUGGGGUCUGUUCCUGAGGCAGUUUGGCGCCUGCUCCUGGGACUACUCCCAUUAUCCUUACAACGUCAUGGGACUCGUCACCCUCCUCUACUUGCCCGGCUGGGCCUGCAUCAGUUUGUAUCAGGACGUGCUGUCUAAUAUCAUGCUGAGAAUCAAAUGCACCAAAGAUGUGACUGGUUCCAGUGAGGAGAAUGGAGAGGUCAAUGGGUCGGUGGAGUCAAAGAAAAAACUACUUUAAUUUUCAUUGUGGUCUUCUAACUUCUCGGGGAAGUCUGAUUUACAGUAGACUGAAAAAACAAACGAAUGAGCAUUGUUCAAUCAGAUUGGCCUGAUUACAACGGGGAUAUGCAUUGAUAUUCAUAAAAAAGGGCAAGAGAUGUAUAUUGAUGAGAUAUGUUGCCAUGAUAACGGAUGUUGAAUGUGGAUGUAACCUGUUAUGCACCUCAUCUUUAGAGUUGUGUUACUUCAGAGUCUAGACAGUUAUUACCAGUAUGCAGAUGAGACAAUUGUUAGCUCUGCAAUGCCUAUUAUCUCUGGGUCCAGUAGUAAAGAUGAAACGCAACUGCGGACCACGAUUCACCAAACCUGUUUAAAUGCAGUUGACCUACUGCCAUUUAAUCUGUGAUGUAAAAUAGAGUUUGAAUAUUAAAAUGUGAAAAUUCUAUUUUUUAAAUGAUUGCAGUAGCAGACUUACCAUCUGAUACAUUACAUGCAUCUUUGCAGGUCUAGUUUGAGUUGGAUCGAUUGUGUCAUCAACACAAUUAUUGGCAUGCUUUAACUGUAGCUGCAUGCUAAAAAUAUAACAGCAGAUGUCAGGUUUAUGCAUUAGAUAUGAUGAUAUAUUCAAAGUCGGUCAGACAAGGAUGUAAAAAAAACUAGGCAGUAACCCUGUUUUUUUUAUGUUAAUUCAAAAUGUAAGUCUAUUUUCAGCCAUUUUGGUUAUCUGACCCUCGAUUCGUGCAUGACGACUAUUUUAUGGCAACUUUUAGAGUAGAAAUAAACCCGGUAAUAAAUGCAGCAAGAAAACUGAACGGAUACGAGGAGUGCGAUUGUUCUAUGAAUCAAGCUUUACUUUGCUGGAGUGCCUUCCUUGUGCAGACUCAAGAAACAAGGCUCUUGUUAGAUUGGAAGUACAGCAGUGAUUUGUCAAUGAUUUUUAUAAAAUAUUUUAACCUUUAGCACCAAUGACAGUCUCAGUCCAAGAGGUUGUGUUUGUUCCAUUAUCAGAAUAACUGGCUCCACCAAAAUGAUGCACAUUUAAAACAGCUGAUCAAAUUUAUAUGUUUAUAUAUCCAACGCAACAAAAACACAUUAAAUGUAAGUCCAUCAACCAUCUGAAGUAAAUAUAGUACAGACAUUUAAAUCUAGAAGGAAUGUUUUUUUGUCAAAUAUUCCCUAAAUAAACUCCAGCUUUGCAUAAAGAGUUUAUUCUGACUCCAACAGUUGCUUUACAGUGGUCUUAUGCCUUAUUACCAGACUACUCCAAGUACCUUACACUGUGAUCCACUGUAUAUAAGUCACUUCUUUAGGUCAACAUCUUUUGGAGUUUACAUUGCCAGCAGGUGAACCCAUUUCACCCCUACAGUCGUAUUUUUUUUGUACUCAAUCCUGUCAUUUAUGAAGUAACCAUUUAAUCCUUAUUGAAAAAUAUAAUAUGUAAAUAAUGUGUUUAGAAGAUUUUAUCGGAAAGAGGAGUACUUUCUGAAAGUUUAGAUAAGUUUGUGAUUUGUUGAAUGCAUGAAUGAAUUCUAAGCUUUUCUGCUAGAUUUGGGUUGGUUUUGAGUUUGGUUUACUCGGUAAAAGCAAAAUACAAGGCAGAAAGUAAUCAUUAAAGUCCCUUGCAUGUUGUCAGAGCAACAUUGAAAUUGUUGCACUUCAUUACUUUGGUUAUAUUAGAAACAUUCACUUUGGAUUAUUAAAAGAAACCAAAUGUC